AUGGGCCAGGGGCCCUUUCAACAAGGCAGGAUCUUGUUCUACAGCAAGUGUAGCUUCCAGUUUGGCUCAGGGAAAGACCAGGCUGCACUAGUGCUCGUGUCACCACGAAGGGCCACCUGUGCGCCACCCCGGGUGUGCUUGUCUUCGGGUGAGCUGACACAGCUGGUGUUUCUCUCUGAGGACCCAGAGAUGCAGUCGAGAGAACAUGAUGAAUGGACCCGGGCCAUCACGGAAGCCGGCUGGGGAGCUGGUGUCCUGUCAUUCAAGGCCACACCCCUGCUGCCAUCCCUGGCUGCUCCAGAUGCUCCAGGCCACACCCCUGCUGCCAUCCCUGGCUGCUCCAGGAGGGGGGCCAGCGGCUCUGGCCUUGGGGACACCAGGCCUCUCGGCAUGAGCCCCGUCCAGGUGGUCUUUCCUGACCGAGGCCUUGGCCCCUUAGAGGCCCAUAAGAUAGUGACCAAGGCCGCGCCCCCAGCCUGUGGGGAACUGACCGUCAUGACUUCUGGGUGGUGUCGGAGGGUUGGCUGGCGGCCCAGAGAGAAGAGCCGUGUGGAGCCGAAGAGGCGGGUGGACCGCACGGCCCUGGAGCAGAGAUACCGGCCUGUGACCAGGGAUCGCAAGAAAGAUCUGCAGGAGCUGCGGUGGUUCGGGCCAGCCUGGCUCCAGCCAGAGGCGGAGCAAGCUCCUCGCAAGCUGGAAAAAGAAGCUGGCAACCCCCUCCUCAUCUGUGCCAGCAGGGCGAUGGCAGACAGACAACUGGCAGAGACCACAUCCCCAUUGGACAGAUAA